AUGACGACUCAUUCUUUACAACAGAUUCUAAUAAGUGAAAUAGCAGCACUUUUAGAAGAUACCGAAGACCAAGAUUUUUCUAUAAAAGUCGGUCAAGGCAACGACGUUAAAAUUUUCACAGCUCAUUCUUUAAUUUUGCGCGCGAGAUCGCAAUAUUUUAAAGUUGCUCUAUCACAAUUGUGGAUUCGUAAUAUGCAACCAAUUAUUUUUGAAAAAAUUCUUAG